AUGAAUAACACCAGGCACCAGUCUCUGUUCUUUGUCAGUCUGCCAGAGCUACAAAAACUCUGUGCCUCUACAGUAACGCUGAGUUCUCAGAUACCGGAAACUGAGACAAGGAGUACACAGAUAAAGUUUUGCAGACAGUUAUUAUUCCUGCAUCAAGAUAUCCUUUCUGCACCUGUUAUUGGAACACUAAAUCAAAUUUCAGUUGUAAUGGCGAUACCAUUUUACAAAUCAGGAAUAUGUCAAACCUACAUAGAGAAACAAGGAGCUACCCUGGAAGCACCACAAACAGUUAGUCCAGCCAUUCUCCAAACCUGUCUCUCCUACACACUUACAGCCAGACUUGCACCCAGAUGGAACAAGGCUGGUCAUCUCUUGGUGCAAGGAAAAGAUUUUUUGUCUCAUUCAGGAAGGCAAAAUGCUGUUGUUAUAGACCUCAAUGUAUCAGAGAGACAGCUUUGCAUCAGUGUGGAGGCUUACUCAAUUCGGUUGCCACCCCCUGAGCUGGGAGAUUUUGAUAUUUUGCCAAACACCUUACAGCUGUUUGACAGCAAUGAAAACACAGUUAUUCACCAGCAUUCCAUAUUAAGUAACUGGUGCUAUGUUUUGCCAAGCAUGAAAAUGGGUCAGAUCAUAAACAUCAGCCACAUAAUUCCUCCAGAAUCUCCUUUCCGUUCAUAUGAAGAAUUUCAGAUGCACUGGAAGAAUCUGUAUGGAUAUAUUCUUCCAGCAGAUCUUGGAGAGACAAAAACAUACUUCAGUGUUUACUUCAAACCAGUAGGAGAAAGAUUCUUUACAUAUCCUUUCAGAAUAUUUGUGUACCCUUUAAGUUGCAUUCGAAGUCAACCAGUGCAGUAUUUCCCUAGAACAGAUUCAGAAAGUGUGUUGAACUCUUUUCUUUCUGACAUGAAGCGUGAUCUUUCACAUCUAUGUGGGUUUCCAGUAAAGAUGACAAGUAAAGCACUUUAUGCUACACAGGAACUCUCCAGGGCUCCGGUGCAU